CGUGAUGCGACACGUGCUUUUGUCAGCGGUGAUUUUUCGGAGAGCGGCCUUGUGGAUAAUGUGGAGGGCCUUGGCUACCAGGAUUUGCUCGGCGUUUUUGACUGGGUGAAAUUUUAUGAGAAAGAUUAUGAACUGGUUGGUCGUGAUGCGACACGUGCUUUUGUCAGCGGUGAUUUUUCGGAGAGCGGCCUGGUGGAUAAUGUGGAGGGCCUUGGCUACCAGGAUUUGCUGGGCGUUUUUGACUGGGUGAAAUUUUAUGAGAAAGAUUAUGAACUGGAAGUGGUAGAAUUAAUUGACAGUUCACUGAACUGGAAAGAUAUCCAAGCGGAGGAGACGAAAGUUUUUCCACCGUGCAAUUCAGAAUGGCGAAAAGACAUUGGUGGUCGUGUGUGGUGCUCGAAAAAAAGUGGUGGCAUUGAAAGGGAAUGGAGUGGAGUCCCGAGGAAGCUGUUUGAUCCUGCAUCAAAAUCUUCUCGGUAA